CUACUUCCCUUCACCCCCUCCCGGUAGCUCUUAUAAAUUACACCAAAUUGGUUAUCCUUUCCAUUUCUUUCUCCUUGAAUAAGAAGCUGUGACUGCAUUUUUGGCCGUAAUGUCAGGACGCGGAAAGCAGGGAGGCAAAGCUCGCGCCAAGGCCAAAUCACGGUCGUCUCGCGCCGGCCUGCAGUUCCCGGUGGGCCGAGUGCACCGGCUGCUGCGCAAGGGCAACUACGCCGAGCGGGUGGGGGCUGGCGCGCCGGUGUACCUGGCGGCGGUGCUGGAGUACCUGACGGCGGAAAUCCUGGAGCUGGCGGGGAACGCGGCCCGAGACAACAAGAAGACGCGCAUCAUCCCUCGCCAUUUGCAACUAGCCGUGAGAAAUGACGAAGAGCUCAACAAGUUACUUGGGGGUGUCACCAUUGCUCAGGGCGGCGUCCUGCCCAAUAUCCAGGCGGUCUUGUUGCCCAAGAAAACGGAGAGUCACAAGCCUGGCAAGAACAAGUAAUUAGGAAGGUCGAGACCGUCCCCACUAACCCCAAAGGCUCUUUUAAGAGCCACCAAAA